AUGGGGGGAGAAGAUGCAUUCGCCUCUACAAGAUUCCUUGUUAUAUACUUGCAAGAUUCAAGGAGACAAUUCAUUACGAUUUAUGAAAUGCCCCAAUUUAUGAAAUGCCCCAAUGCAAUGCCUGUACGACAAUCAAGAUUGCAAUCAGGAAACCCUUCUCCAGAAAUUGAUCCAACUACUACAACAACAACAACCGCCACAACAACCACCACCUCAACAACCACCACCUCAACAACCACCACCACGACAACAACCACCACAACAACCACCACCACAACAACCAUCACCACAACAACCAUGACCACAACAACCACCACCACAACAACCACCACCACAACAACCACCACCACAACAACCACCACCACAACAACCACCACCACAACAACCACCACCACAACAACCACCACCACACAACAACCACCACACCAACAACCACCACACCAACAACCACCACACCAACAACCACCACACCAACAACCACCACAUCAACAACCACCACAUCAACAACCACCACACCAACAACCUCCACACCAACAACCACCACACCAACAACCACCACACCAACAACCACCACACCAACAACCACCACACCAACAACCACCACACCAACAACCACCACACCAACAACCACCACACCAACAACCACCACACCAACAACCACCACACCAACAACCACCACACCAACAACCACCACACCAACAACCACCACACCAACAACCACCACACCAACAACCACCACACCGACAACCGCUACACCGACAACCACCACACCGACAACCGCCACACCGACAACCACCACACCAACAACCACCACACCUACAACCACUACACCUACAACCACUACACCUACAACCGCCACACCCACCAUAUUACCCAUCACCACACUACCCAUCACCACACUGCCCAUCACCACACUGCCCAUCACCACAUUACCCACCACCACACCCACAGCGACAUCAAAGCCAACUACAAUGUCAACGACGUUCAGCACUUCGUCAACAACAACCACCGCCGCAACCACCGCCGCAACCACCGCCGCAACCACCGCCGCAACCACCGCCGCAACCACCGCCGCAACCACCGCCGCAACCACCGCCGCAACCACCGCCGCAACCACCGCCGCAACCACCGCCGCAACCACCGCCGCAACCACCGCCGCAACCACCGCCGCAACCACCGCCGCAACCACCGCCGCAACCACCGCCGCAACCACCGCCGCAACCACCGCCGCAACCACCGCCGCAACCACCGCCGCAACCACCGCCGCAACCACCGCCGCAACCACCGCCGCAACCACCGCCGCAACCACCGCCGCAACCACCACCACCACGACAUCAACGUCAACUACAACGUCAACUACAACGUCAACUACAGCGUCAACUACAACGUCAACUACAACGUCAACUACAGCGUCAACUACAACGUCAACUACAACGUCAACUACAACGUCAACUACAACGUCAACUACAACGUCAACUACAACGUCAACUACAACGUCAACUACAACGUCAACUACAACGUCAACUACAACGUCAACUACAACGUCAACUACAACGUCAACUACAACGUCAACUACAACGUCAACAACAACAUCCCCCCAAGAUAAUUCCUCGCAUGUAA